UGGGACCUUGUCUGCAGCUACCGGCAGCUUCGGCAGAUGGCCCAGUCCAUCUACAUGGCUGGGGUCCUGGUGGGCGCCCUGGUCCUGGGGGGCCUCUCGGACAGGUUUGGGCGUAAGGCCAUGUUGAUGUGGUCCUACCUGCAGCUGGGGGUGAUGGGGACGUGCACGGCCUUCGCCCCCAACUAUGCGUCCUACUGCGUCUUCCGCUUCGCCGGUGGCAUGGCCCUCUCUGGCUUCGGCCUCAGCAUCGCCUGCCUCGUGGUGGAGUGGAUCCCCACGCCCUACCGCGCCAUCACCGUGGCCAUCACUGGCUUCGCCUACACCUUGGGCCAGAUUCUGCUGGCCGGCGUGGCCUACGCUGUCCCCCACUGGCGCUGGCUCCAGCUCACCGUCUCCCUGCCCUUCUUCAUCUUCCUCCUCUACUCCUGGUGGUUGGCUGAGUCUGCCCGUUGGCUAGUGCUCUCGGGGAAGGCUGAGAGGGCUGUGAAGGUCCUGCAGCGAGUGGCCAGGAUUAACAAGAGAAAGGAGGAAGGGGAGAAGAUCACGGUCGAGAUCCUGAAGUCUAACAUGAAGGAGGAGUUGGCUGGUCUGAAGUCCUCCUACACCAUCUCCGACCUGGUCCGGACCCCAGUCAUCCGCCACAUCUUCUUCUGCCUCUCCAUCGUCUGGUUCUCCAUCAGUUUCUCCUACUAUGGGCUGGCCAUGGAUCUGCAAAACUUUGGUGUCAGCAUUUACCUCAUCCAGGUGAUUUUCGGCGCCGUUGACUUCCCGGCCAAAGUGGUGGUGACUGUCUCCCUGAGCUACAUUGGCCGGCGGGUGUCACUCAUGGCGGCCCUCUUCUUGGCGGGGCUGGUCAUCAUUGCCAACAUCUUUGUCUCCACAGAGCUGCAGACGGUGCGCACGGCACUGGCCGUCAUCGGCAAGGGUUGCCUCUCCGCCUCCUUCAACUGCGUCUUCCUCUACACCACCGAGCUCUACCCCACUCCCAUCAGGCAGACCGGGCUGGGCUUUGGCAGCACCAUGGCCCGAGUGGGUGGCAUCGUGGCACCGCUGGUGAAGAUGAUGGAUGAGUACUACCCCUUCUUGCCCCCUGCGGUCUAUGGGGUGGCCCCGGUGGUGGCAGCCGUGGCAGCCGGGUUCCUCCCAGAGACCCUCAACACGCCGCUGCCCGACACCAUCGAGGAGGUGGAAAGCAGGGCCAAGCGGAAGAAGACGGAUGACCCCAAAGAGAAGAUCCCCCUCCAGCCCCAGGACAAGGCUCCACAGAAGGAGACCUGA